CAAUACAACUUCGCCAAUGCGUUCAAUAAUGUCAGUCACGGCGUGGCAGGGGUGGCGCAAGCGUGGCUUCAUCCCCCCUCCGCGCACUCAUUUGGCACAGAAAGGCGCCCAACUCCAAAUCCCAUCUGCUUCUCACUUCCACAUAACCCCCAUCCCCAUCUCAAAAGCAACACGAAAAUGGCUCCCUCAAAGGCCCCCGCAACAAAGAAGGACGACCCCGUGUCCGAGCAGGUCCCCGCCGAGGACCCGGCGUCCGCGAGCGACGCUAGCGACGAUGAGGAGGAUGAGAAUGAUUUGACGACGAAUGUGGUGACGAAGUAUCAGACUGCUGCUGAUAUUGCUAACCGUGCCUUGAAGAAGGUGAUUGACGCCGCUGUGGAUGGUGCCAAGGUCACAGACCUGUGUGCGCUUGGAGACAAGACGAUCGAAGAGCUCGCUGAGAAGGUUUACAACAAGGGAAAGAUCCUGAAAGGAAUCGCAUUCCCAACGUGUGUCUCCCCCAACACGGCCAUCUGCCACAUGUCCCCCCUCGCCUCCGACCCCGAAGCCGCCUUGACCCUCAAGAAGGGCGACGUGGUCAGGAUAGAGCUCGGUGCCCACGUCGACGGUUACGUCGGUCAAGUCGCCCACACCCUUAUCUUGGGCGCGGAUGCCAAGGAGAACCCCAUCAAGGGACGCCAGGCUGAUGUGCUGCAGGCUGCUUACCUUGCCACUGAGGCCGCUAUCAGGCUGUUGAGGCCUGGAAAGACCACUACGGAGGUUGCGAAUGCGGUGCAGAAGGUUGCUGAUGACUUUGAGUGCAAGCCUGUUGAAGGCAUGCUCUCCCACCAACUCCAACGCAACGUCCUGGACGGUAAGAAGCAAAUCGUCCUCAACCCCUCCGAAGCGCAACGCAAGGACAUCGAAGAAUCCACCUUCGAAGAAGGCGAAGUCUACUCCCUCGACAUCCUCAUCUCCUCCGGCGAAGGCAAACCCCGCACGCUCGAAACCCGCACAACGGUCUACAAGCGCCAACCGGACGUGACCUACCAGCUCAAAAUGAAGACCUCGCGCGAAGUCCUCGGCAAGAUCUCCAAGCUUUCCGGCGGCGCCAUGGCCUUCUCCCUGCGCCACUUUGAGGACGAGAAGAAGGCAAGGAUGGGCAUCGUCGAGUGCGCGAACCAUAACCUCGUCGUGCCGUACCAGGUGUUGUAUGAGAAGGAGGACGCGGUCGUUGCACACUUUAUGUACACGGUCCUGCUUUUGCCCACGGGACCGUUGAAGAUUACGAGCUUCCCGUGGGACCAGGAGCUGGUGAAGAGCGACAAGCAGAUCAAGAGCGAGGAGAUUAAGGAGCUGUUGAAGCAGGCUGUUAGAACCAACAAGAGCAAGGCUAACAAGAAGAAGAAUAAGAAGACCGCCGCCGCCGCCACCCCCGCCCCCGCGAAGUAGAACAAGCCAAAACGUAAUUUAUGGUAUGCCCGGGCUCCCCUCCUCAACCCUCCUUCCCCCCCACAACAAACGAGAGGGCCAGAUUAGAUAGAUUUCGCUCCCACCUCAUCCCCACAUCCCC